AUGGUGUUCCUCCGACUUUCAGUCAAAGUCUUCCCGCGGGAGCAGCUGAGCUCGAGCUCCAGCUCCAGCUGGGGCCGGACCUUCCUUGGCGCGCGAAAGACUACCAACGAUGACUCCAGCCAGGGAUCUGCAGUCUCGACGACCUUGAAGAAACCUGGUGUCUUCUUGCUUGUCCUUGAGCACCCCGAAGAGGUUUCGCUUGGUGGGCUUGCGGGCAUGAUCCAGGAACAUUGGGCAAAGCUUCACCCAGAGCUAGAACCGCUUUCGAUUAAGAAAAUCCUCGACGAUACGAAGGAGGACCUCGAUCUUUAUCCCGACCUCACUGUUGCCGAUGUCUGGGUUGACUAUGGGAAAGCUCGCACCGAUGGCCUUGACCAGCGUGGCUCCGUUCGAGUUCUUCAAAAGCCUACCGCGGCCGCCCCGGAGCGAUUCCCUUCUGUCGAUCAGGAUUGGGAUGCUGCGAUUGUUGCCUACGAGCGCAAGCGCGCCAUAAAGGAUAAAAAGGAAGCCAUGGGAGCCCAAUUCCCUGCCAUCCAGGAAGAAGAUGAGGAGAGUAACGCCCAAUCGCUGCGUACUCGCUCUCGGUCUCUCUCUCAAUCUCAUAUCCAAUGGGAACAUUCGCCUGAAUCGCCUCAGCAUACCAAUAAUAUCCCUCAUUCCUCAGCUCGGAAGUCAUCAGUUGAGCACCGUCACCGCGAUUUACCUCUGUCUUCUGUUGAAAUCGGCAACCACGUCACCACUUCCCCACCAGCGAAGUCUAUCGGCCCUACAAUUGCUGGCACGCCGCCUCUCAGGCGCGAAAGUGAGGAGCUCGGCGAGUCUCCAUCACCAGCCGAACGACGAGAAUCCAGCGCCAGAUCCCAACCUGCACCUGCAUCUGUAGCUGCCGGGUCCCAGGAACCGCAGCCUAAGCCGCAAAUGCUCGUAAAGCUACCCGUGGCGAGUAGUACAGCUAAGCGGACAAUUACGCAAAUGCCCGACGAUGCUGAAUCCCCACCCAUGUCGUCUGCGCCCAACCAUAUCAUUCCCCACCAACAGACGCAAUCUACCGAGGAGGCUACCGCGAGCUCAAGUGACAUGGAACCAGAGUCUGCUCCGCAGCGCAUCGUGAAAAUGCCAUUCAAACCGGGAAUGGCCAAUGGAGUCAACGGACAGGGACAUCUGCAGGCAGUGGCUAAGAGUGUAUCCCAACCCGCGCAGAAAAAGCAAGCGGAAACGGCGAUGGGGAUCUCCAGUGAGGAGUCGAGCGAAGAGGAAAGCGACAGUGAGAACGACAAGGUUGAAGCGGAGAAGAAGAAGAAUGCCGAGCAGGAUGAAAGAGAAGCAGAAGAUCAGACUGGUUCUGACAACUCUGACGAGUCCGACUCAGAGUCUGACUCGGAGUCUGACUCGGACUCUGACGCCAGCGAAGAGAAUGGACCCAAGGAUGUGAUAGAUCUAGAGGGCGAUGUACAGAUGGAAGAACCUAUGGUUACUAGGAGCUCCCAGUCCUCAGGUCAGUCGGAUCUCUCGGUAUCGAAAACCAACGGUACAACCCAUGAGACUCGAUCUCGCAAGCGGAAGCAGGCCUCCGAAGAGCCCACAUCGGUCAAAGAAGCUCGCCAAGGACAGGCCCAUCCCUCGACCCGGCCCCCAUCUACCCCUACCCCUCCUCGGUCUGUGCCUGCAGUCGUUGUGCCCUCUGAACAGGCUCGGCAGUCCAUGUCGAAUUCCCCAGCUGCCCAAACAAGCCCAGUGCGCAGACGAGUCCGUGCGCCUUCUUUCUCGAGCCCAGCCCGACAGGCCAGUGUUCGAGAGGAGAACCAAGCGCCUCCCAAGCCUCCUAUGUCUGGAAUUGGGCUGGGGAUUACACAGAGCCCUCCUAGCAAGCAACCCGUUAGGCUGGAUCUUUCGCAAGAAUCCCACGUAACAUCCACCCAUAAUUCUUUUGGCGGGCCGCUUUUCCCAAGUAGCAACGUGCCUGCUACCGAUGCGACUUCGUUUACUUCUGUUAACAAACAGACUCCUGCCAUUGACAGAACGAAAAAGUCCGCUAUCCGUGCCAAGGAUUCCCCGGCAACGGAGAGGCGAUCUGUGUCUUUCGCCGAGGGAGAGAACCUUGCUUCUAGCUUGGAUCCCGCUCCACACUCCACCCCGCGCAAUACUGCCAUUAUCAAAUCCGCCCCCACCACCAACACUACCAAGGGAACGCCUUCGAGCGCAACCCCACGAAAAGCCACACCCAAGGCGACACCCAAGGCCAAGUCCUCUCAGCAGACUCCCACCCCCGCUGUCAAAUCUACUCCAGGAACACCUUCGACCUCCACGUCUAGCAAAGCCGCGCCAAAGGGCAAGGUCAAUAACCAAACACCCAAAUCCACUUCCGAACAUGCUGAGGCAACACCAUCCAGUAGUCAAGUGGUCUACCCACCCGGCUUUGAUAUCGGCGAGUUGACUCAGCAAGUUGAGAUCGAAAAGAAGGCCAAGGCAAAGGCUAAGGAGGACGAGAAAAUACAAAGGGACAAGGAAACCGUCGAGAGGAAAGAAAUCGAGCACAAGCUUCGGGAAAGCUAUGAUCCCCAGCUUACGAUCGUUUUAACUGAGAUGCAGGACCUCUUGCAGAAAUUGGCCAACACCAAAAUCGAAAUGGCCAGGCGAAGGACGCUCCGCGUUAAGCUCAAAGCCUUGCGCUAUGACCUGAAAGUCUGUGAACAGAGGCUGGAGGCACAAAAAUCCACCCCUCGGGAACCUGUCGCAAAACAACCCAAACCAACCCUCAAGGACAUGCUGAGCAGCCAAAAGCAGGAAAUGGCUGCUAAACUGCAACCUGGGCCCAAGUCUGCCCCAGCUCCCCGCAGUGAUGUGUACGAAGUGCCCAGCUCCGGCGAGUCUGGGUCCGAGUCUGACUCCGACUCCAGCAGUGACGAUGAUAGCAGCAGCGACAGUGAGUCGGGCGACAUUAUGCCCGAUGGCCAUUCUGUCAAACUGCGCAAGCCCCGGUCUCAGCUAUCCAAUUAA